AUGGCGUCGGCCUCACUGCCCUGCGCAAACUGCAGCCCAGACGGCACCAGUUGUCGGAACACUGGCAGAUCCAGCUGCGCCAACUGCCGUCUUGUCGUUUACUGCAGCUCCGAAUGCCAGAAAGCCCACUGGCCCAUCCAUAAACUCGACUGCAAAUCACCAUAUAACAAGAAGACAUGGGAGCCUGAGUGGUUUGUGGAGGGUCGAACACCUACUUUCAUGAGUGAUGAGGCCCCUACCCCUUUUGGUGGUAUGAAGUACUUGUUUGGAAACGUUCCAACGCUAGAUGUUCUUCGCCUCGGUGCGAAUGAAGGAGAAGCGUAUGGAAGCCAGCUGCGCUUGUUGUUCGCCGCUUCUGGCGACUUGCGGAACGUCGUCCAAACUAUUGCACAACUUCCUCCGAGCUACGAGCAGCCCAUCGACAUUAUCGUGAACGAUCGUGAAUUCGACGUCGUUGCCCGCAACGCUAUCAUUCUUCUUCUCGCACUCACCGCAGACGAUCGAGACGAAGCUGUCGAUUGCAUCCUCCACAUUUGGUAUUCGGCUUCCAUCUGCAAGUCCCACGUCGACAUAUUCAAGCAGCGCAUUCGACCUCUUAUCCAGAACGUUUGCCACAAGGUCAAGGAUAAACCUGCCAGAAGGAUCUUAGGAAAGACUUGGACUUUCGAGAAACGAUCUGUCAGACUCGUCCUGGAGAAAGAGGCGUGGGAUAAACUGCUGUCAUUUAUGGAUGUUCCUGAUGGCUUGACUAUCGACAACGCAAAUGAGGUUCGCAAGGCUGUUACACUUGCUCGGUCCCGCGUCGAUCGCCGCGACCGCGACUAUCUCUUUCUAUCUCCUUCUCAUCGGGUUGCGAGACAGCGAUUUCGUCAGGAUGGCCUUCUCCUCCCCUUUGGGGCCCAGCGGAGCGAACACUGCGAACCGAAUCCGACUUUCUUUCAAUCCGUAGACAGCUGGCCAAUGUCUGACAGUGCUGAUCCGCUGAUGGGAUGGUCGCUACACGAGGUUGACAAGACUCCCAUUGGACUCGCCACAUCCGACAUCUAUGGCAAACUAUUCUACUACGUUCGAUCCACAUUGGAGAAGUUUAUGGUCCGAAUGUCCAAAUCGGCUAUUGCUUUCCAGCUUCUUCAGGUCCAUGCCGAAACCCUUCCCAAUCAUCUUGACGGCUCUUUUGAUCGCAUCGAUGUCUCCAACAUCUCCGAUUGGCGCUAUCUUGGUGUUCAUCGCACCGUUGCCCUCAUGGCCCCACUCCUUCGAGCGCCUUCAAUCAAUCCACAUGCGACUCUCAUCACGCUCUUCAUGAACAUGGUCGAAGAAUAUUCGACCAAUGAGGACAAAGUGAAGAGUGUGAAAACUUCGUCAGAGCGCGUCUUCAAGUACCUUCCGCCUCAGCGGCCAAUCAGAGGUGGUAACGAUCCCUUCAUCACCAUGGUCGCGUACGCUCACGGCCAUGUGCAGAAAUAUGAUCAUAUUCUCAAAAGGUUUGUGGAAAAGGCUCGGUUGACGUUUAUGCCCUUUAUGGCUGAGGCGGCGAUGAAGGACAAGCACACCAUCAUCGACAAGUGGCCAUACAGAUUGAAGCUUGCGCCUGGACAGGAGGGAUCGUCGGAGGAAUUCUACCGCCUCAUGACUAGUGGCCUUUCGAGCAGGGAGUUGUACUUGGAGUGGAAGAGAAUUCAGACAUAG